CAUCAGUAAGCGACGCACGGUGGAGGAAUGCGCGUGCUGUUUAGGAGCUCUGCGCGGCUGGGCUGUGUGCUGCUCCGCGCUGCCGGUUCUGGAGGAUCGGGGUUCAGUACCGGGUUCAGUACCGGGGGCGGUAGAAUGAUGCAGUACCGGAUAGAGGAGCGGGGCCGCGCGCACUCCCCCGAGUACCGGAUAUACUUUAAGACGGCGAGUGGUAAAUAUAUCUCUCCGUUUCACGACAUCCCGCUGUUCUCCUCCGAGCACCAGGAGAACGAUGUUCCAGCGAAGAAGCAGAAGCGCAGCGACAGCGAGCUUCUGUUUAACAUGGUGGUGGAAGUUCCUCGCUGGUCCAACGCCAAGAUGGAGAUCUCGACGAAGGAGCCGCUGAACCCCAUUAAACAGGAUGUGAAGAAAGGGAAGCUGAGAUACGUGGCCAACGUUUUCCCUCAUAAAGGAUAUAUCUGGAACUACGGAGCGCUGCCACAGACGUGGGAGGAUCCUAAUCACACAGAUAAGGAUACGAGCUGCUGUGGAGAUAAUGAUCCUGUAGACGUGUGUGAAAUCGGCUCUCAGGUGUGCAGUGCGGGUCAGGUGAUCCAGGUGAAGGUUUUGGGGGUUCUGGCUCUGAUUGAUGAGGGAGAGACGGACUGGAAGAUCAUCGCUAUCAACACCUCCGACCCCGACGCCCCCAAACUCAACAGUAUAGAGGAUGUGCGGGUCAGUAGGCCGGGUCAGUUGGAGGCGACGGUUGAUUGGUUUAGAAAAUAUAAAAUCCCCGACGGGAAACCAGAGAACAAGUUCGCCUUCAACGGGCAGUUUAAAGACAAGGAUUUCGCUAUAGAAGUGAUUAAAUCCACCCAUAACUACUGGAAAGCUCUGAUCUACAAACAGACCAAGUGUGGAGAAAUCAUGUGUAAGAACAGGUUGGUGGGUGAUAGUGAGUAUGUGGUGGGGGAUGAGGAGGUGGAGGAGGUGGUGAGGGCGGCUCCUGAAUACAGAGAACCCCUGCCACUUCCUGCUGAAGUGGAUAAAUGGCACUUCUUGUCCCAGUGAUCACAUCAUCAAGGUGGACCACACCCCCUUUCACCACACCCACUAUUACAUCACAGCGUACUGAAUCACAGCGUACUGUACUCUCUCAGUAUUGUAUUUUCUUUACUUUAAAACUCUAAUAUUUUAUUAUAUAAACUUAAAUUUACAUUUCUCAGCUCGAUCGAUUAAUCGCUCAGUUUCAGUUCAGUAAUUACUGAUUAUUUCCUGCUCAGAGUUACAACAUAAUGAUGAUUUUGUUUUUUCUCAAAGCUUAAAAAAAAGAUAUCAGUGAUUGAUUUUGCCGAUUGGGUUUAAUUUCUUCUAAUUUUGUAAAUAAACUGAAUUUACAUUUA